GAUCUUUAUUCUAUUUUAUUCUUAUUAAUAUUUUGGAGAAAAAAAAUUAAAUACCCAAUUACAAAUUUUCCAUGUGACAAUUGCAACAAGCAGCGUUUGUGUUGGUAGUGACACUAAACAAAAACAAACAAAAAAAACACAACAUGAACAUAACCUAACAUAAUUGUAUGUGAGUUUCCGUUGAUAAUAAUUGCAACAUUUAUUAAUUUAUUAAGUAUUUUUCAAACAGUUUUUAUAUUAUUUCAUAAAUAAUGUUAGUAUGCGUUUUAGAAUGAUAAUUUUAACUACAUAAGAGGAUGAUGAAAUCUUAUUCAGCAACUCAACUAUUUGUUUUUAAUAGAACGGUACCUACGAUAGGCUAUUGAUUGAUUUAAUAAACUUUACUAAGAAAGUUUAAUUACAUAUUUUUUAUAAUAUUAAAAACAUAUUCUAAUGGCAAAAACUGUAAAGAAAAGCUGUACGUCUUGUGGGAUACAGGUUGCCGUUGCUUGCAAGACAUGCCCUGGCUGCAAAAACUUGUUCAUAACUCCAAGGCGGGCUCUGGAGCUGAGCGGGGCUUCAGGUAGCUCGGACGAUCCGCCGGCCGCCGGGAGUAGACGACGGACUGAGAGGGUCAAACGAGUCAAGCCCAACUAUUAUGACGCCUCCGAAUUCGAAAAGAAAACUACUAAAAAGAAACGAAUGGAACGAGGAACAAUCGGCAGGGGACGUCCUCCGAAACCAGCACAUUUGAAAAAGACGAAAAAGAAAAAAUCUAAAUCACAGAACGAUGGAGAGGAGGACUUGACCGCCAUGCUUACUCCUGAAAAGACAUUACAGUGUUCUAUAAUUCUAGCUGAACUAAAUAGGAAAUUUUCUAGUUCAACAUGGAAAGCAUAGUAAUGACGUGUGUGUUUUCAAAUUGUAAGCUAUACUAUCAACUUAAAACGUUGCCUACAGUCUGUGGGUGAGUUGAAAAUUACCAAUUUAUUGUAUUAUCCCCUUUGUGUUCUGCUAAUAUAUUUUUAUGCUCAAGUAAAUAACAUGGAAACAUUCUAUUUACUCAAUAUAUAUUUUUUAAAUUAGUUUUAGCUCAAUUAUUAUCUUCCUGCGUUUACUGUAAAUUAAUUUUUGUGAACUCUUUAAACAAAUAUUUUGAUUCUCAAUACUCCGUAAUUCCAACUCAUUUAUACUCUUCCAGUGGAGGCAUUAGCCCAACUAAUAUGUAUAUGUACUAAAGUGACAACUACAUUUAUGCUGCUUUGCUUGACUAGAAUUUAAUUAUGUUUCGUUUAAUUAGUUCAUAUAAAUUAACGUAUUUCGAUUGUGCCAAAUUAUUCUAUAAACUUACUUUUAUCACUGUCAGCUACAUACUUUUCGCGAAGUUACUGGUAUCUAGAUUUUAUUCAGUGUGCUUCUUGACGUAUUCAACUUUACUAUACAAAGAAAAUUUUCAAUAUUGUCAUUACAGUAUGUAUAUACUGUAAUAAGUAUGUAUAUAUACUGUAUGUAUGUAUAUACUGUCAUAUCAGUAUGUAUAUUUUGAAGAAUAUCAAAAAAUAAACAUAAAAAUAUAAAUAUAUAAGAAUAUCAAGAGAAAUUUGUACUCAUACAUUUGGAAAAAGUUUCAACAUAAAUUAAUUUCCACUUGCCUUGGUACACAUCAAUGUAAUAAUAAUAACCUAAAAAUAAUUUCGUUCAAAAAUACAAUAUCACGUGAUCAGUCAAUGAUAAUUAAUUCUCACUACAAUGAUUGAAAAUUUUGACUUUCUUGCUAAUCACUCUGUAAGGAAUUAAACAAAUCAGAUAGAAAAUUGACUUUUAUUCAAAGACUGUACACAAUAUUAUUUUUCAUAGCUAUUUAUAACGUAAUAAUAUAUAACAAUAAUAUCAUAUUCAAGCAUAAAAAUUAUCACCGUACAGUAUAUACAUGAUAUGUGAUUUCGUUAUUCUAUAAUAUAAAAAUAAAUUUAUUUCUUUUAAUAAAAGCUAACAUUUUACAAUAAUUAACUCUAGUUGAACUUUGAAAACAAAGUUUUCUAAAACCAGGAUAUAUCAACUUUUCAUAAAAUUCUAGAAUUAUUAUAUAAUUCUAUUAGUACAGUAACAGUAAAUGAUUACAGGAGUGAAACUAGCUUCAAUCUGCAUAAAUAAAAACCUUUUUUUCAGGUUGUUUCAAGAGAACAGUAAAAUUUCUUAAUUUAUUCAAAGAGAAUACCGCGAUCACAAUUUACUAAAUAGUUGAGAAGAAUUGCUUGUUUUACAAUUUAUCAAUACUAUUUCUUAAAAUUAAAGAGUUGAUAGACUCUGCAUCAAAUUAAGUUUAAGUUAUGGUUUCUCUUAACAUUUAAUAGC